AUGACACUACGUGCGGUGCUCUGUGCUGGACUUCUGCUGUCUGGCUUCCAGGCUUCUCAGGACGUUAUCGUUUCAGGCGAAAACGUCGAAAUACCCGAAGAUUCGUCAGUUGGUAGCACAGUGGUGCAGUUGAGAGAUUUUCUUAACACCAGCGUUGGUUCUACAGUGGGCGGCAAUGGGACGUUUAGGUCGGCAAACAUCACCGCAGGGGACGAUUUGGGACGGUUCGGGGUUCGUGAUGAGGACUCGGCGUUGAUCGUGGCGGCACCGCUGGACUACAAGUUUUACCCGCGGUACAACCUGACGGUGGAGCUGGGUAACACCAGGAACAAUAACGUUCUGUACGUGAAACUUGUCAUCGUAGUCCUAGACGUGCCGGGGUACCCGCCAUUCUAUAACAAGCGGUGUGAAACGCCAGUCCUUCCCGCCAGAGAGAGGGGGGUAGUCCGCGGAGACUACACCCUACUCAGCAGUGAUGACGGGUUUUAUGCAUCAUUAAACGGAGAGAGAGUUGCGUCGUACAGAGACUUCCUUCAGUAUGCGUUGGCUAACAAGUACGCGGAUAAUUUCGUCUUGAGAUGUGAUUGUUCAGCAAGAUUCCUUGGAAGUGUAAAAGAAGCCCCAACUACAGACUGGGCUGUUCUUGCCGCUAUACUUCAAGGACGACGACAACAAGGUAGGCUCGAACUCACAUGCCAGGACAAAGGGAACAUUACUUUACUGGACAUUUCUCUCGAUGACGACUUGCCUCGGUGGGCACAGAGUAGUCAGUUACAAAUUGACGAUAGUGGCCGCAUUUUCAUUGCUGUAGAGUUGAAUGAGAUAUGGUCCACAUCAUCAUACUGGAUACAAUGUGGCGGCAACGUCGAGACUAUCGAGGGUGCCGGUACAAACCUGUUGGAGUACACAUCUCAUUAUAACGUAACAGGAUGUCCAGAGGGCUGGUACGGUGUGUACUGUGACAAGGAGUGUGUUUGCAAGAACGGAGCCCGUUGUCACGGCUUUAACGGUGCGUGUGAGUGCCGUCCGGGCUGGAGAGGGAGGGCCUGUGACAUUCCCUGGCCUGAGGUCGUCAUCUUCGAGACACCUGGCGAUUCAGUCGUGAAGUACAUCGGUACCAAUCUGACUUUGACCUGUGUGGCUCCACACAUCCGCGUAGCAAAUAUGACGUGGACUUAUCAAGCAGGAAAAAGACAUCAUGACACAAAAGUAAUCGAAGAAGGGACAGUACAGAACGGUUCCAUCAGCUUUCAGCCAAUCCUAGAAUCAGAUAACGGCAGGUAUAGUUGUCUGGUACAGGACGAAGAUAGCAAACUUUAUAAUGCGAGUUUUAUGCUGAACUCCACGGAAUGCAGACCCAACUACUAUGGAGAAGUUUGCAGCCGAGUGUGCGACUGUGAGUACGGGGGGACGUGUGACAGGUGGGAGGGUUGUCUGUGUCCUCCGGGUCGUCAUGGCGACAGGUGCGAGCACAUCUGCGCACCUGACACAUUCGGGUGGAACUGCAGCAUGAACUGCAACUGUGCAAACAACGCCUCCUGUGAUCCAGUCAAUGGCAGCUGUAUUUGCGCUGAAGGACUGUCGGGUGAGUUUUGUCAGAUCGUCCCUGACAAGAAUCAAGUCGUUGUUGUAGUGUUGGCGUCCGUUAUCCCGACCAUUGCUGUAAUCGGUUGUAUCGUGACUGGGGUCCUGGUCAAACGGCGUCACCACCGCCCAAAAGAAACGGAACGUCAAACUGUGGACUUGGAAAUGACGUCCGGCCCGCCCCCCAUGGAAACCCUUUCAUCGUGGGAAGUUGAGAGAGAGGACAUUCGUUUCGAACACAUGAUUGGCGAGGGACAGUUCGGCCAUGUUGUACGGGGAAGACUGCGCGUGCCGGCAGGCUACGAGGUUUUGGUCGCCGCUAAAAGUAUCCGACCUGAUCGUAUGACAGCCUCUGCUGUUCGUGACUUUCGCCGCGAAAUGGACAUCCUUGCCAGGAUCCACGAGGACAAAGAGGGACACCCGAAUGUGGUGAAGCUUCAUGGCGUUAUGACUAAGUCUGAGCCUCAGUACAUCUUUGUAGAGUACGCAAGUAAUGAAGAACUGCGGCGGUACCUGUGGACUUUACGUGAACAUUUUAAGACAACGAGGAAUAGCAAACUGUUAGAACGGCUGGGGUUUGCGUGUGACGUUGCCAGUGGGUUAUCAGAGCUGGCACGUCUGAAGAUCGUGCACCGGGAUAUCGCAGCUCGUAACGUCGUCAUCAGCGACAGGAAAGUGGCCAAGAUAGCGGAUUUCGGGCUGUCGCGUGACGUUUACGUGUCGUCGGCGUACAAACGCACCAACCAGGGCGGGGAGGAGGAGCUGUUGCCGCUGAAGUGGAUGGCGCUGGAGUCGUUACGGGACGGGGUGUACACGUGCGAGAGUGACGUGUGGUCGUACGGCGUGCUGCUGUGGGAGAUCGCCAGCUUUGGGGAGGAGCCGCGCUAUGCUGGCGGCCCGAUGCACCCGGACGUGUGCACACUGUUGGAGCUGCUGAAGAAAGGAGUCCGUCUGCAGCAGCCGGAGAACUGUCCCAAGUCUGUGUACCGCAUCAUCAGGUCCUGCUGGAUAGUCGACCCAUCGAAGCGACCAACACCUUACGAACUGUUCCGGAAGAUGGACGAAAUGAGGCCACAAAGACAUGCUGCACCCGUAGCCAAUGGCAACCGAUAACUUUCCUUUCAGCCCAAUCUCUCCAACUUUUACAGGUUAAACUUAUGAAUCCACAAUCAAGCUGUUUGACCAUGGGAUCUAUGGAUAUUUUUGCUUAUUUAUAAAAGCCUAAGUAUCCUUUUGAGCAUAUUUUUCUGCCAACGACGCUGCUUGUAUUACUUGACAUGCAAUGAAAGAAAUGGCUCUGGUCUAACAGCCUACACAUUGUCUUUCUGGGGGUGGUUUCCGUCUAAUGCUUUAAU